GGCCUGUCUGGAAAAGCGGAAGAAGAGACAAAAACAACAACAGCAGCCGAACUGCAGCUCGGCGACGGGAGUUACUGAGAGAGACGACAAUUUAACGAAUACCCGCUCGGAGUAACAGCACCGGCGCUGUUUGGUUACGGUUAAUCCAGUGUUAAUUGUUUACAAUUAGUGGCAAAAUGUCCGGUGGAGGUUUAUUCGGGAAGUUAUUCGGUGGCGGGGGAAAGGGUGGGAAAUCGGCGACACCCCAGGAGGCUAUCCAGAAACUCCGAGAGACCGAGGAGAUGUUGGCCAAAAAACAGGAUUUCCUAGAGAAGAAGAUCGACCAGGAGCUCAUGACGGCGAAGAAGAACGGCACAAAAAAUAAACGAGCGGCUCUGCAGGCCUUGAAGAGAAAAAAGCGCUACGAGAAGCAGCUGGCUCAGAUCGACGGCACGUUGUCUACCAUCGAGUUCCAGAGGGAGGCGCUAGAGAACGCAAACACCAACACAGAAGUGCUCAAGAAUAUGGGCUACGCCGCCAAGGCCAUGAAGGCCGCUCAUGAGAACAUGGACAUAGACAAAGUAGACGAUCUAAUGGCUGAAAUCACAGAACAACAAGAAGUGGCUCAAGAAAUCUCGGACGUCAUUUCCAGACCGGUUGGUUUCGGGGAAGAGUUCGACGAGGAUGAGCUUAUGGCUGAGCUGGAGGAGCUGGAACAGGAAGAGCUCGACCAGAAUCUUCUGGAAAUCGAAGGAGCAGCGGACGUUCCUCUACCCAGCGUACCGUCUACAUCACUACCUGCUAAACCAGCCAAGAAGAAGCAGGAAGAAGACGAGGAUGACAUGGCUGACCUGGAGGCCUGGGCCGCUAACUAAGCUAACCAGCGCCCCUCUCCUGUCUGUCUCUGCGCUACCAGGCUGCUCUCAGACAUCUGGAAGAGAGACAGGGACUCUGGGCUGCUGGCAUGCUGCUCUGUCUUAAAGCCGACGUCCCAACAUCUAACCUCACCCUCAUCCUGAAGUAUGCACUUGUGCACAAAUUCACUGACACCAAAUGAAAUGCACCCAGGCUGUUCUCCUCUGAUUAAUGUUAGAAUCUCUCUUGCUCCGGCUGCACACUCCUCUCUUUCUAAAGGGCACUGAGUAAAAGUCGUGCCCUUAGCAGCCUGUGGUUCUCUAUAUUGAAGGUCUCUGUAAGAGCGCACGAGUGAGCACUUAAGUCAGGAGGGCACAAGUGCAUACUUCGAGGGCAGGGUGUGCGGAGGAACAGGGGAAAGGCUUGUUCUAAGAGGAAUGUGAAGAAUCAACAAAUGUUUGGGGGGGAAAAACUAAACAGAAAGACAACAUGACUCAGCCAUUUUUCUGCUUCCUGCGUCUUCAUCUCUCUGCUCUUCUGCGAUGACGGCGACAUCAUCCAACCAUCCACAGCUUCUCUGCCAAACCUCGGCAGCAGCAAACGAAGAGGAAUGAAAAGCUUGAGGAUUUUUCUCAUUGAAAUGUCACAGUUAAACUACAGGUUGAUGACGCGUUGAAAGCAGAGAAGCAAAGAAGAAUACUGGUAAUAGAACGAGAUUUUUAACAUCAUUAAUACGCAGCUGCUGCUUCAUUUAACAACCUGUACUGGUAAAAAUCAAGCGACACUCAUACAUGUUUGAUACCAUGGCAACAAAAACACAAGUCCUGGACACUCCAACUCCGGCACACAGUCUGAAUGCACAAAUACAUUUUUCAGUAUCGAAACGUUGCUACCGGAUUUGGCUAAUUUACACAGUGAUCAAACAUUCUGACGACCUUACACGCUUUUUCUAGCCUCCCAGACGUUAACAACUUCAUGUUUGUAAUCAUUUAAUUAAAAAAAAAAAAAAACAUCUUUGCCUCCUGUGUGACAGACAUAAGCGUGAAAUCCUUUGACCUCUUUUGGAUUAUUCUCACAGAUUUUGGAAGCGUGUGAUAAUUCACAUAAAAAGAAAAACUGCUGAAUUAACAAAUAUAAUUUUGUUUGAUAAAUUCUCGAUUCUUCAAAGUCUCUUCAAAUUGUCUUUAAAGCUCCUCUGAGGACUUUUUGGCUGGUAAUGAAACUGUCUGAGACUCGUAUCGAUGUCUAUGAAAACAAUCUUUAAACGCAAACAAGACAAGAUUGACCUUUUCCCAUUUUGUUAUUUUUAUUUUCUGAAACUGUUGCCGGAGGGUUAAGGCGUCACACGAGGCGAUUACCAACACGCCGUCAAAGCAGCUUUCUUGUCCUACAGCAAAGUGCACGUUAGACGUGUUAAUUAAAAGAGCGAUUAUUUUUCAUUUGUGAGAAAACACAUCUUGAACAUGUACAGGAAAGAGACUAUCAACCCGUUUGUCCACAGGAGUCGACACUAAAUUCAGUAAAACCCAAAAAGUUCCUCCCAGUAACCUGAAUCUAUCCUGGUGGGUUAGCUGGGAGCAACUGCUAAAACUGUUUGGAUGCUUAAUAUGUUUCCUCUUUGAUAUAUGGAGGCUAUAGGCUUGUUUUAACAGUUCCAGAGUGGCGUCGUCUGUUGGUUUAUGGAGUUCAAUUCAGAGGCCUCAAGUGUGGCCUUCCGGGCGCCCCGCUUCACAUCGCCCCUCUUUUUUUUUUUUUUUUUUUUGAGCCAGAUGUGACCAUGUCCCGACCGGACGCUGUAAUAUUUCUGUGCCUUUUACUAAAAAAAACUGACAUCUUAACGAGUAUAAUUCUCUCACUGCUAGUAGAAAACAUCUGAUUACACUUUAAUAUAAGCCCCCUUCACCUGACAGUCCAGGUACACACCUUAUGUACAAAAAGGCCUGAACUGCUCGUAGUGAGUAAGAAUAGCUGCCAAACAAACGACAAAGCAGAAAGUACGUGCUAAGCGUUCUUAUAUUAAGUGUAAGGAGAUAUUUUAGACACGCAAACGCUCCGAUACGAUGUGAGUUUUUGCAGUGUGAUUUUCGGUUUAGCUCGUUUUCCAUCACAGUCGGCGCCUCGUUUGAUAAAAAUUAACCUGCUGCAUUGACAAAAACUAAAAACCUCCGACUGAGACCGAAAAGGCGUUAGAAAGACUUUUACUGAGGUGUGAGAAGUGGCCUUCUUUUUCCUUCAGUUUUCUAAACAAUGGGACCACUGUGUUAGCUAAAGUCGCUCUGUAAUAAGCUGUUAGCAUGAUCGCGCAGUAGCGUUCUUAGAUCUUCAGCGUUGUUGGACCUCCGUCAUGGCUGCCAGAGGACGUAUAACACCACCUUUACUUUCAACACGUGUGAAACCUCCUGCUGUUGUCAGUCUGUAGUUUAACACUGACGUGUAAUCUGAGGACGUCCUUCAUGGUUUGAGUUUAAAGAUGAUGUGUGAGUGUGUGUGAGAGUGUGUGUGAUGUUUUUUCAGCCUAUGGACACGGUGACCUCUUGUGAAUAUUUAGUCUUUUUUUUUUUCUCCAUUCUGCUCUUGAAUCAUUUGAUUUGAACAUGGAGACACUUACAUAACUAAUGUUAGUCUUCAUUUUACGAUGAUAAUAAUAUAUCUUCUGCUCGCUGCACCCCUCCCCCUUUGGUUUGAUCCACACUACCCUCCCCGUCUGUCAGGGGACACGUCUGUGGACGGAAGGAUGGUUGAGAUAGUAUUUAAACAUGAUCCAAGUCUUUAAAUAAAGGAAACAGAUGAAUAAA